AUGGAUCGCCAAUCUGUUUACUCGACGCACGUUUUCGAGCCGAGCGUCGGCGACACCGGCGACACUCGAUUGCAGCUGCAGAACCAGCUCGAGACCUUCAUCCUCGACUUUCGACUCGACAACAACUUUGUCUACCGAGACCAGCUGAGAGAAAAUGCGCUGCUUAAAAAGUACAACUGCGACGUCAACAUCAAUGACCUGAUCAACUUUAAUGAAGAGUUGGCACACAAGUUGGCAUCUGAGCCCGCCGAGGUCAUCCCGCUCUUUGAAUCGGCUCUCAAAAAAUGCACCCACCGAAUCGUCUUCCCGCACGACCCGAAGGUCGAUCUUCCGGAUCACCAGCUGCUCCUGCACUCCGAUGCCGACGACGUUUCCAUUCGCAACCUCGACUCCAUGACCAUUGCAAGGCUGGUUCGGGUGCCUGGGAUUGUCAUCGGUGCCUCGGUCAUGUCCUCCAAGGCUACAGAACUACAAAUCCAGUGCCGAAACUGCCAGCAUCAACAAAGCGUCCCUGUCCUGGGGGGUUUCACCGGAGUCACGCUUCCCAGACAAUGCGAUCGCAAGAGAGUCCCCAACGACCCAACGCCCAAAUGUCCCUUGGAUCCCUAUUUCGUCAUGCACGAGAACUCCAAGUUUGUCGACCAGCAAAUCAUCAAGCUUCAAGAGGCGCCCGAUCAGGUCCCCGUUGGCGAACUGCCGCGCCAUGUCCUCAUAUCCGCCGACAGAUACUUGACAAACCGGGUCGUCCCUGGGUCGAGGUGUACGGUCAUGGGCAUUUUCUCAAUCUAUCAAAGCAAGGCAUCAAAGAAUUCCUCGACCGGUGGGGCCGUUGCAAUCCGGACGCCCUACCUAAGAGCCGUGGGCAUUCAGACCGAUAUGGACAAGACGGCCAAGGGAGGCGCAAACUAUACAGAGGAGGAAGAACAAGAGUUCCUCGAACUGAGCCGCAGACCGGACCUUUAUAACAUGAUGGCGGACUGCAUUGCCCCAUCAAUUUAUGGCAACCGGGACAUCAAGAAGUCCAUCCUGUGUCUGCUACUAGGCGGCUCCAAGAAAAUCCUGCCCGAUGGUAUGAAGCUUAGGGGUGACAUCAACGUGCUGCUCCUCGGCGACCCGGGCACGGCCAAGUCUCAGCUGCUAAAGUUCGUGGAGAGAGCGGCACCAAUCUCGAUUUACACGUCCGGCAAGGGCUCUUCCGCAGCCGGUCUGACGGCGUCCGUCCAGAGAGAUCAGUCCACUCGGGAGUUCUACCUUGAGGGCGGUGCCAUGGUUCUUGCCGAUGGCGGUGUCGUGUGUAUCGAUGAGUUCGACAAGAUGAGAGACGAGGACCGUGUGGCCAUCCAUGAAGCCAUGGAACAGCAAACCAUAUCCAUUGCAAAGGCUGGCAUUACGACAAUUCUCAACGCUCGGACAUCGGUUCUGGCCGCUGCCAACCCCAUCUUUGGCCGGUACGACGAUAUGAAGACACCAGGAGAGAACAUCGACUUCCAGACCACCAUCUUGUCUCGUUUCGAUAUGAUCUUCAUCGUCAAGGAUGAACACAGUCGAGAAAAGGACGAAAGAAUGGCUAGGCACGUCAUGGGCAUCCACAUGGAUGGCCGUGGGGCAGAGGAGGUUGCCGAGGCAGAAAUUUCCGUCGACAAGAUGCGGCGAUAUCUGACAUACUGCAGAACUCGAUGCGCUCCCAGACUCAGCGACCAGGCUGCCGAGAAGCUUUCGUCUCACUUCGUGGCUAUUCGUCGACAAGUCCAUGCUGCCGAAAUGGAGGCCAAUACUCGCUCCUCCAUCCCCAUCACGGUUCGUCAACUGGAAGCUAUCGUCCGCAUCACGGAAUCUCUCGCCAAGCUCACCCUCUCCCCCGUUGCCACCGAGGAGCACGUCGAUGAGGCCAUUCGACUAUUCCUCUGCUCCACCAUGGAUGCCGUCAACCAAGGAAGCAACCAGGGCAGUCGCGAGCUGAACGAGGAAGUAAACCGCCUCGAGGUUGAGCUGAAGCGACGGCUGCCCAUCGGAUGGAGCACGAGCCUGGCCACGCUGAGGCGCGAAAUGGUCGAAGGAAAGGGAUAUAGUGAGCAGGCCCUGAACAGGGCGCUGAUGAUUUUGCAACGCCGAGACACGAUCAUGUUCAGGAAUUCGGGAGCACAGGUGUAUCGGAACGGGGCUUGA